CGCGGUGUGGCGCUGCGAGGCUCAGUGCGCCAAGAUGCUGUCAGUCGUUGGCCGCCGCUCGGCGUUGACGGGCAGGUCAGACGCGUGGUGUGCUCUCAACAAGUGUGUGUGUGCGCGCGCGCCGUGCUCAACGCCGGCCGCUGAACUCAGACUGACUCCAACUGAACUGCCCAGCACUAUCCAGCGCAACCUCAUUCUUUUGUACUGAUCACAACAAGGCCGUAGCCAUGUGUCCGCUGUGGCCGCUGCACCUGCUGGUGCUCUACGCGGUCAUGCUGUGGCCGCUCCUGCUGCUGACGUGCGGCGUGGCCAAGGGCGUGGCUGCUCAGGUGCUGCCGCGCCAGGGCCUGCAGGGCCUGCAGGGCUUCCAGGGCCUACGCGCCUGCCCACAGACGGCGCUGUACUGCGCCCCGCCAGACGGCGGCGACCACCUCUGCGUCCAGUUCGACGCGGUCCUCCCCAACGGCACCGUCGCGGACGUGUACGAGCGUGGGCGGCUGGAGCUCAAGAUGGACGAGUGGGCGACGCUGCGCUUCAACGUGACGGACCUGGACGCCAACGAGGCCCAGGGCAGUAAGCUCUACCUCGAGGCGGACAGGCAGAACGUGGCCGACGUGAAGCCGACGGAGGUGUUCAUCAACACGCAGAGCCUGAACGGUCCGUCGUCUUGGGCAGGUUCCGUCAAUGUGACCGGCCACUUCCUGGGUAAGACGCAGGUGCGACUCAAGCUCGGCAACCGCUUCAGCGACUGCCUGCCCGUCGUGGUGACUCGACCCAAGCGCGUCAUCGACACGGUGUUCACGGCCAGCGUUGCCAGCCUGGUGGCCAUCAUCUUCAUCAAUUUCGGCUGUGCCCUCGACUGGGAGAUCGUCAAGAAGACGCUGAAGCGACCCUUCGGCCCCGCCAUCGGCUUCACUUCGCAGUACAUCGUUUUGCCUUUGAUAAGUUUUGGUUUGGCAAAGCUUUUGUUUCCCAAUGAUGUGGCCAUGCAACUGGGCAUGUUUUUCACUGGAAUCAGUCCAGGAGGAGGGGCUUCUAACAUUUGGACUUAUUUGCUCGGUGGAAAUCUCAAUUUGAGCAUUACCAUGACUGCAAUAAGCACUAUGCUUGCUUUCGCAAUGAUGCCAUUUUGGGUCUUCACCCUAGGACAUCACAUAUUUCAUCAAGAUAAAAUGGAAGUGCCAUAUAUGAGAGUUUUAGAAGUUGCAUUUUCUCUUGUCGUUCCUAUUUUCAUUGGAUGGCUAAUCCAGAGAUUCUUACCCAGAGUAUCUAAGCUUCUUGUUCGUAUUCUGAAGCCAUUCUCAACUCUUCUCAUUCUUUUUAUUGUAAUUUUUGCCAUCAUUACCAAUCUCUACAUAUUUGAACUCUUUUCUUGGAAGAUUGUAGUUGCAGGUCUUGGGCUUCCAUGGUUGGGCUACCUGACAGGGCUCACAUUAGCUGUUAUAUUCCGACAGCCUUUCCCUGAUGUUACAGCAAUAUCAGUUGAAACUGGUGUUCAUAACACAGGAAUUUCAAUCUUCAUGUUAAGAGCAACUUUGGGACAGCCAGAGGCAGACUUAACAACAGUGGUCCCUGUUGCAGUUGCAAUAAUGACACCAAUUCCACUUACCAUUUGGUAUGUAGUUAAGCAGCUACGAUCAAGGUGGACUGUAAAAAAAAACGAUAUGUACGCAUUGAGUGAUGAGGAGAGAGCUCCAGUGACAAGUAAUCAGAAUGAACAUUUAACAAUUGUCACAUCCAAGGGAGCAAGUAAUAACAAUCAUGACAAGUAUUAGGCAGUGCAAAGGAGGUGAACAUUCCAAGUACACACAGGAAGAAUGUGCUUGUGAAGUAAACAUUGUGUACUGGUUGUUAUUUCCAUUUCAUUUUUCUCAUUUCCAUUAUUUAAAUUACCAGUCAAAUCAUCUCAUAAAGAUAAUUUUUUAGUCUGUGAACUGUAGCUGAGCUGGUAUUUGAAGAACUGCUUAGCAGUCAAUGAAUAAAUGUACCUCGAUCAAUGUAAUUCCCCGAGAAAAUGCUCUGUAAGAAUAUGGGACUGCUUCAAGAAAUUGAGGAUUUGCAACUGUUCUCCUAGACUGUAGCUUUCCGUAGAUUUAGCUCCUUCUUGUUCUAUCCCAGGCUCUAGCCAACUGUACCAUGGCAUUCUAAUAGAUCCACUUGAGAUCUAGAUGAAUAUUUCAGUACUUAAUACACAUAAUAGGCAGCUGUUUGUUUCUUGUUAGGCCUGCAAUAAGUUACGAAAAAGUUCUAGUUAGUUUCCUUCAAUUCUAAUAGUGGACCACUUCUAUAUCAAUGAAAAUCAUUUUUUGUAGAUUUGGUUUAGUUACCAAGCUUUUUUUCUGCUGAUGAAUGUAUUGACGAAAAGGUGAAUUUUUAAUGACCAGAACCUGUAUUGAUCAGUAUGUUACAGUAAGAUAUCAAGAGACUUUUAUGGUUUUGGUAUGAAAUGGCAAUUAGUGUUCAUUUAAUUACAAUUUGAACAACGAGAGUUAUGUAUCACUCAGUCUGAGGAUGAUUUCCAAAAUAUUCUAUCCCUCCUUUAAUGUUGUGCAGGGUGUUAAAAUUUUGUACUGAUUUAUUAAAUUGUAUGAUCCAAAACUUUGUAAAUUGGGAUUUAGUUCUGUACUAUUUCACAUUGUUCCAAUAGACCCAUGUGUUCUUUGUAGCAGCUUUCUUGCAUAAGUUGAGUUAUUUAGAAAGAAAAUCCCAAGUCUGUAUUUCUUACAAACUCUGAAACCUGAAUACUCUUCUUGAUCCCAUGUGAGAAUAAUUUUAUUGUGUUUUCAUUUUGUUUAUGAGAAAUUUAAUAUCGAAAUUUCAAAGUGUUCUGCUCUUUAAAUGUAUAAUUACUGUUUAUUGCAUAUACAGUAUAAUUGUCAAAAAUGUUGCACAACUUUCAACAUUUGAUCUCAAAGUGAUAUUUGGCUUUACUACUUAAAAAUUGCUGCCCUUUGUUGAAAACUCUUUGAUCUAAAAAGUUGAGUGCAAACAUUGUUUGUUUCUUUUCUCAUUGUUGCGUUUUAUAAAAUAAUACUUUUAAAUGUCCCGGAGACUUAAAAUUUAUGAUAAUGUUACGACUUUUAAAUUGGUAGGCAAAACCAAUAAAGACAGUGUGACUGUAGUGUCCAUUACUUUUACAUGUGAUGUUUGUAGUGGAUAGAAUUAAGCUGGAAGUACUCUACCAAAUGGACAGUAUUUUCUGGUACUUCAUAAUUGUUAAGGAAUGAAUAUUAAAAAGUUAAUUUGAAAAUUGUC